CGGGUUCCUCCGCCUCCUCCUCCUCCUCCUCCUCCGCCUCCUUCCAUUGAUGCGCUUGCUGCGCGGAGCGCCUCCGAUCACGUGCGCAAAGCCUGAUUAAAGCUUGGGCCGGCGACGUCACGUCCCCGGCGAGCCAAUGGUGGCGUCUGUUUAUAUUGGGCCUCGUUUCGCGUUGGAGAAGAGAGCAGGCCUGGCCGCUCCGUCCCUUGGAAGCUGUCUGUCGCUGCUGGACUAGGAGGAGGACGGAGGCGGCGGCGUGGGGUGGAGAGUUCUCUGGGGCUGAGGCAGGAGGAACCGUUUCGGAGAGGGUUGUUUGGGGGCCCCUGAGCGCUGCAGGGCCGAGACUGCUCCCUCUGGGGCUGCCGCCCUCUCCGAGGCCAAUGGCAGCAGUGCCGGCCCCUCGCCCUUCUUUCUGCUCAGACUGCCCAGGAGCGCAGGGCGGAGGCUGAUCCUCUCGCCUUCUUCCCCUCGAGUGUCUUCCUGGGACGAGCAUGAGAAGAUGAACCAGAAAGACACUUUCGUGCACCUGUUUGCUGGAGGAUGUGGGGGCACCGUAGGUGCGAUUCUGACAUGUCCACUAGAAGUUGUGAAAACACGGUUGCAGUCUUCCUCUGUUACACUCUACAUCUCUGAAGUUCAGCUGAAUACUGUGAAUGGUGCCAGUGUUAAUCGUGUAACUAGAGUUUCCCCAGGGCCUCUCCAUUGCUUAAAGAUGAUUUUACAGAAGGAAGGCCCUCGCUCACUUUUCCGGGGAUUGGGUCCUAAUUUAGUAGGCGUGGCUCCAUCCAGAGCAAUAUAUUUUGCUGCAUACUCCAAUUGCAAGGAAAUGCUGAAUAAUAUAUUUGAGCCAGAAUCUACCAAGGUACACAUGACCUCAGCUGGAGUAGCAGGUUUCACUGCAAUCACCGCAACCAAUCCAAUUUGGCUAAUAAAGACACGAUUACAACUUGAUGCAAGGAAUCGUGGAGAAAAACGGAUGAGCGCUUUUGAAUGUGUGCGCAGGGUUUAUCAGACAGAUGGAAUUAAAGGCUUUUACCGAGGAAUGUCUGCAAGCUAUGCAGGCAUAUCAGAAACUGUUAUUCACUUUGUUAUUUAUGAGAGUAUUAAGCGAAGACUUUUGGAGUAUAAGUCUACUUCUGCUAUGGAUGAGGAAGAGGAAACUGUCAAAGAAGCAUCUGACUUUGUUGGCAUGAUGAUGGCUGCAGCUACUUCGAAAACUUGUGCUACAUCCAUAGCCUAUCCACAUGAGGUUGUACGAACAAGACUACGGGAAGAAGGAACAAAGUACAGGUCUUUUUUUCAGACACUGUCUUUGCUAGUGCGAGAAGAAGGCUAUAAUGCCCUAUACCGUGGCCUAACAACGCAUCUGAUUAGACAGAUUCCAAACACAGCUAUAAUGAUGUCUACGUAUGAAGUGGUAGUCUACUUACUGAAUGGAUAGCAAUAUUACCAGCUGUGUUCAGGAAGAUGGAAGACCAAAAGCUUGCAGUGGACCAUGAACUCUCAGUGUGGGUAGGUAGGAGUAAAAUAUAUCAAGAACAUGCAGCUACGGACAAAAUGGAAGGCUGGUAGGCAGUCAUGCUGCCUCAUCAUAUGGCAUCUUUUGCAAUGUGGUGAUCUGAAGCUGCUCCUAAAGGAUUGCCUUUAAACUCCUCACAUUUCAACGUUGCAAUUUUCUCCUAUUGUGUCAACUUUUCUAACGCUAUACAGUGAGCAUCAGACACUUGGUUGUGAGCAAGGAGGGACAUACAACAUGUGUGUUCUCACUGGAAAGCGUACAUCUCUUUUUUGACCCGUGUUCAUUGCUGGUUUAAAAUUCAUUUUCUGUUACUGCACAGUAGCCAGUUUGAAGGGUGUGCCUGUGUCCAUUUAAAGCAGUUUCCUAAAUGCUUAUCUCUUGAAACUCCACUUUUGCAGUCUGAAAUAAAAUGAAAUCUGAAGAUUCACUAAGCUUCCCACUUUACUACCUCAGGGGAUCUGACGGGGAACUUAGGUUUCUUACUACAGAAAAGGUGGCCUUUAUUUGUAGAGGUGAAGAUGGGGACAGGCUGUUUUGUUUUGUUUUGUAUCAAGUUCCAGUUGCUUUAAUAUCAGACCCUGGGAUUUCUAGUGUUGCAGCGGUAUGCUAUUUUAAUUGCCCUAAGUAUUUACCACCGUGGAAAUAGAGAAGAGCCUUAAGACCCACCUGAAAUCAAAUCCUCCUGUCUUCAAUUUUGUACAAUUUGUGUCCACAAAUCCCUUUGGAACUUAAAGCACCUCUAAAUGUAUUAAGGAUCAUAGCAUUGUGGAGCAAACCACCAGCAAAGAGGCUGGGUGUGUUGGAAGGGCUUUUAGCAUGCUGCUUUUAAAUCCUUGAAAACCAACGAACAGUACUGUGUGUGAUUAAAUGACAGGAUAUCUGGUUCUUAUGCAGCAUUGUGCUUGUUUUAAACAAACUUAAGUUCAUCUAGGGCUUUUACCUGAACUAACCUUAAUACUGCAGUAACUAGAAUACCAAACUACUAGAUUUCAGUAACACAUAGGGCACACUUUUGCCAUGUCCAAAAUUGAGUGCUAAGAUUGUGGCUUGGAAUGAACCAGAGAAGAUAAUUGAAUGCCUUGGGGUUUAGGCAUCCCCUUUUGCUUUAUUCCUUGCUUCAUCCUGAAGCACUUUACAGAAAAACCACAUAAGUGGUUUUUCCCAAUGUUUGACUUUGAACAUCUUAAUGCUGCUUAUACAGCACGCACUGCUACAUUUUAAGAGCAGACAUUUGAAAUAAUGCAGAUAACCUGUUGGUUCUAACAUACGUCCUGCCAUUACAAUGUAGCUGUGUUAAAUGGUAAUGACACCAGGGGAGAGAAGAUUUGUAAUUCAGAGCACAACCCUGCCAAAGUCUAGUACUUUCAGAGUGCAAUCUGAUGCUUUUCUCCAUUGGGAAUAAUCCUUGUUGAGUUCAAUAGGACUUAUUCCCAGGUUAAGCCUUUAUAGGAUUGCACCCUAAAGCAGAUAAAUGUUGAGUGUGUUUAAAUCUCACUCACUUGAAGCAAUUAAACUUAAGUGCUUCCUCUUGGCAGUCCUGUACCUGAAUCUUUGCAAUGCUCAGCUCAUGCAAAAGCUGUAAACAAAAUAAGACAUUUUAUUCCUCUGUGAACAGGUAUAUCAUGGCUUUGUUUUGCUAGGCCAAAUAAUGCUGGAACUGUCAAAUGUGUGCACAGUCCUAACACCAGUUUCUUUUGGUUUAUGUGUCCCCUGGCCUGUGGCAGAAAUGUCUCAAUGUAGGCUUGCAAACCAUUGGUCUGAAGAUAGUGUUCAUUGCUAGAGUCACUAAUGAAGAACAGUAACCUGUCAGAUUUUUUCAGUAGGGAGCAAAGAAGUCUACUUCUUUUCCUUAAUGUAAGUGAUCUCAUUAUAUCUAUUAUACGCACAUUACCACAAACUUUGCAAAUGUAGUCAUAUUCCUUUAGUGAUUAAUAUGAAAACCUAUUUACAGGAACUGUUCUUCAAUAACCUCUGUUUUAAGCUAGUUUCUUCCUGCAUAUAAAUAUUUGUAGAUUUUGCUGCUGACAUCCAUGGGCAAGAAAUGGCAAAUGUGCUGAAGGACCAUACAAAGGCCAACGUGUGAAAUGUUAAAUUGUUUAAUUGUAAGCCUGAGGUACUUCUUGGGGGGCGGGGAGUUUUUCUGUUUUUUUUUUUUUUAAAGUCAACACUCAGGUGGAUUCAGGCAGCCAAGAGUUCCCCCCAUUGUGUAGUCAUUGUGAGUGGAAUUGCAAUGGUAAUAAAUUGUCUAAACAAGUUGAGUGAACCAUACUUGUUCUGAACAGUCAGAUCUAGUUUACUAUGAAAUGUGACUCUUACCAACUCUGUCACGGGAAUGGAAACCCUUUCAGAAGCUACUUCAAUGACUUUGAAAUUGCAUGCAGUCACACAAAGUCAACUACAUGAAUCCACAUUCUCUGCUCUCAAAACAGACCACUCUAUCCCUAUAUGACCACAACUACCCCUGGGCUUAAUGGAGAUGUUUUAGUGCCACUGUGGGAGCUUCACUUUCAAUUAUUACAAGUUCAUGAUUUUGCCUGAUAAUAAGAAACGUUACCUUUCCAAUUGGAAAGGUCUACAUAUGUUAAAUUUAUUACACCCCCCCCUCAUAUGUAAUAAAUUUCUUAUAUAUUACAUUUAUCGUAUGUAAUAAAUUGGGAAGUGGUUAUUUAAGGAAUUGAACAAUUUUCUCUAAACAUAUUUGCCAUCACCACUAUGCUUCACUUACCCCAUGAGCCUAAUAGUAGCCAAAUUCGAAUCCAUAAGAAAGUAAUUCUCUUUGCUGAAGUUUGCGUCUC